UUCGUUCCUCCUUUUUCGUUGAAGAGAAAGCAGACUUUGGUUAUUAGCUCUUGGCUGUACAAAGCCCUUCUCUCUUUUCUUCAUCUGUAGUUACAGCAGAUUCUUAAAAGGAUCUGCGAACAAAUCUCUCUCUCUCUCUCUUCCCUUUUCCCUUUCUCCUUCCUCGGCUUUUGCUAUUGUUGAUGAUUGAAUUGCAGAGCGCCUGAAGGGUUCCAAGGGGGAGAAGAAGCAGUCGUGGAGUCGCCGGAUCUUUGAGUUGAAGUCAGCCAGCCGCACAAGUGUAAACCGGAGAAGCAGCUCUCCUUGUCGGCGUUAGUCAAUCCAGGCGGUGGGGAAAUGGCGAGUCGGGUUAAGGAGGACGAGAAAAAUGAGAGACUAAUCAGGGGGCUUCUCAAGCUUCCGGACAAUCGGAGAUGCAUCAACUGUAACAGUCUGGGACCGCAAUAUGUUUGCACGAAUUUCUGGACAUUUGUCUGCACAACCUGUAGUGGAAUUCACCGGGAGUUUACUCACAGAGUAAAAUCAAUAUCGAUGGCUAAAUUCACCUCCCAAGAAGUUGCUGCGCUUCAGGAAGGUGGAAACAAGCACGCAAGAGAAGUUCUUCUGAAAGACUGGGAUGCUCAGCGUAACUCUUCACCUGACAGCAGUAAUGUGGAUAGACUUCGGGACUUCAUUAAGCACGUGUAUGUUGAUAAAAGGUAUACGGGUGAUAAGAACUAUGGCAAACCUCCAAUAAUGAAGACGGGUGACAGAGAAGAUGUGGGCUCCCGGAGUCCACCAUACGAGGAUGUCUAUGACCGUCGCUCCAAUGAAAGGUCUAGUCCGGGUGGAAGAAGUGAUGACAAAAACUACAGAUAUGGUUAUGAUGAGAGGAGAAGCCCUGGAUAUGAUCAAGAAGGUAGACAGUAUAAUGAUUACAGGAAAAGUCCCGCUCGACCAGAGGUUAUCAACGAUUGGCGUCGGGAGGAUAGAUUUGGAAGUGGAAGGAAAGGUGAGGAUCGUAGAAUAUCUGAUGGAGAUUCGAAAUUGGGAGGCCGGUCACCUGAGCGGCCAAAUGAUGUUGGGGGAUCUAGCCCCCCUGUGGUACGGCCCGUUCGAGAAAUUUUGGGUGAUAGUGUAGUGCCUCUUCGUAUAAGUGAACCACCUAAAGCUAAUGCAGCAAGGGCUGCUGAUGGGUUUGUGGCGACGCAGAGAACUGCCUCUUCAAGCAGCCUUGGGUCUAUGCCUGAGACCCCUGCAGAAGUAAAAGUUGAACCUGCACCAAGCUUAAUCGAUUUUGACUCUGAUCCUGCUCCUGUUGCUGUCGCGGCUGCUCCCCAAGCACAACCGACAACUUCAACUCUACCUGCUCCACCAACUUCAGCUGCGAGCAAUGACAAUAACUGGGCGUCUUUUGAUUUUGCCCCUGCUCCUAAAGCUUCUGAGGCUCCUGUAAACGCCAGUCCGCUGGAUUCUGUUUUAUCUCAGUUGUCAGCUACACCAUCUGUACCCGGUCCCGCACAAAUUAUUCCUAAUGGUACAAUGCCUGUGACUGGCAAUGGUGGUAAUGCCCCUGUUCCGGAGGCUGGGCAAUGGGCCACCGCACAGCAUCAACAACCUUCUUUGACCCCUGCUCAAUCUCCCACUCAACAAUUUCCAGCCGUUGGCAAUCAUCCUUGGAAUUCGUCACUACCCCCUAAUGUACAAGAAACUCUGAAUACAACUCCUGGAGGAGGAACAGUUCCAGGUCCUACAUCUGCACAGCCUUCAACAGCUACUGGAAGGAAAGAAUUACCUUCGGAUCUUUUCACUGCAACAUAUCCUUAUUUCCCUGCAAUGGCUCCAGGGUGGCAAACAGGUCCACCUGGUGGUAUGAUGUACCCUAUGCAGUAUGCUAAUGUGCCAGCCCCUAUGCAAUAUGCUAAUGUUCCAGCUCCUAUGCAAUAUAAUAGUGCUGCUGCGCUGCAUUUUUACCACAGCCUAUGCCCACUUUCGUCCAGAAACCCUCGAAAUCGUCAAAUCCAUUUGAUGUGAAUGAGCCAACACCAGCUCAGGCCCAACUUUUUCCUAAUAUGUCAUCCUUGCAAAGUGCUAUACCAAAUGUGGCGCCGCAUUCAGGACUACAACGCGCUUCAAGUCUUGAUAACUCUUCACCAGCAACCUGGAUGCCAAACCAGCCAUCACCUUAUCAAUCAGGAUUGCAUACCCAGUUACAAUCUUACGCAACUACAGCGCCCCCAAGGCCAACUACAUCUCAAGUACCGAGUCACAUGCCAUUGCCUGGGUAUGUAUUCACGAACCGUACCUACUGUACCAGUAAUACUAGUGAUUAGCUGAAGUGCAAGCUCAUGGGGUUCGCCUAGUAAUUAAUGGAGAUGAAAAAACUACCCACCUACAGGACUCUUAAUGAUCACGCAUAAGUUGAACUUUCCAGAAUCGUACGUGUUGUUUGGCUGGUCGAUUGUUGAGAUUAGAUAGCUUUCUGGAUUUUAUACCAAAUGGUGCGCAGGAAUAUUAAGAGACCAAGUUACCGGUUUUACUAUGUACUUGUUGCUUUUUGAUUCAUUAGUUGGCUUGGGUCCUUUGACUAAUUAGGAGGGGGAUGAUUCUAUUUUUCAAAUUUGCAGGGAAAGAAACUUGUCUCUAAUAAAGAGAUUUGGAGAUGUCACCUAAAGUGUCAUUCGAAAAAACUCACUCCUAUAUUCAGAUCACUAUACUAUAUCCCACAGUCUACCACCAUUAUAGCCUAUCCAAACAUGAAAUUUCAGCCAAAUCCAUUAGCUGAGAGAUCUUUCAAAUCUACCAGCCAAACAACCUCUUGGGAACGUGCUUCUAAACUGACUUCUGCAGUUGGGAUUUGAAACGAUCCCUAGGGCAAAUCCACCAACCGAACCACAGCUAGGUUUCUAUGUUGUAGUGGGUAUGUAGUAAACUUCACAGCUGCUAAAUGCUUCUGAAAUUUACUUUCUACAGACAUCAAGGAAUAGCAGGUUUCGGCGGCGGCGGUGCUGGUGCUGCCUUUGGUGGCUUAAAUUUGGACCAACAUCUGGGUGGCGGAUUCUCGGCUCCAGCUACUACAUUGCAGCCGUUCCCCUCUGCAGGAGGAAACCCUUUCGGAUGAAGAGUGAUAAAUACAAAACAUGGGAGGAAUAUUUCUUUCACCCUAAGUUCAGCAAUUGCAUCAUCUUGUUGCCUAUUGCCAAACGGCUGCUGGGUAAGAAAGUUCCGCCCUUUAACCUCGUUGUCAUCCAGGCAAAUUGUGAACUGCUGGUCUUUCCCUGGGCAACAGGGCAACUGUUCAUAUAUUAGGUAACGGGGAAAUUUUAUAGAUUAUUUGUAACGAGAGGUCUAGGGUUUUCUCGUUUCUUCUUUCGAUUGCGAUUUUCCAUUGUUGUAUUAUUGUUCAUCAGGGGGUAAAAUGUGUGUGCUGUCUUCUACCGUGGAAACUGUACCAUUUUGCUUGUUCUAUUUUAAGUUAAAAUUCUUUGUAGGGGAUAGGUGUUUUUUUCACUUUCAUUUAUCAUCCGGGAUGUGUAUUAUUUCGUAGUCUCUUCGUUCUCGUGGCGAGCUGUUUCAGAGUCUGGAAUAUAUUGUAUGAAAUGGACCAGCUGAUCUCCUGCGUAAAGCUUGUGCAAUUGCAUAUAUGUGACA